UUCUCGUGGAGACGUCCAACUCUGACAAUGUCGAAGUCGACCUCCGAAGCCGCUAAUGAUGCUUACCAAAGGACACUUUCUCGUUUAGAAAGUAUAAAAUCACAUUUAAAGACUACCCCACGUUCGGGUCGGCUUCAAGGUAAAGUUUGCAUCAUUACUGGUGUGGACUCGCUUAAGGGAAUUGGUCGCGCUUCUGCGCUGCUCUUUGCCCAUGAAGGCGCAAAGCAUUUGUAUCUCCUCGAUUACUCUGGCAAAAACUUGCCUGAGCUCCAACGAACAAUACAAAAAGACUAUCCCGAUGUGCAAGUUACUACUGUACAAGCUGACGCAGCUAACGAAGAAGCAAUAAGCAACCUCUGUGAUCGAGCUAUCAAAGAAGAAGGAAGGCUCGAUGUGUUUUUCGCAAAUGCUGGAAUAGUCUCUGUCGACCACCUGGAUAGUCUGACAGAAGAGACGUUUAUGCGAACUAUGAGAGUGAAUGCCCUGAGCGUGUUUCUUGCUAUAAAAUAUGCUUCAAUUGCAAUGGCAAAGCCAAAUCUAUCCUGCGGAAAAUCCGAAAGUGGAGGGAGUAUCAUUUUAACGGCAUCGGUCGCAGGAAUAAGGUCAGGUGCCGGCCCAAUCGACUAUUCCGCCAGCAAGGCUGCUGUAAACAAUAUGGCACAAACGGCCGCUUAUCAGCUCGCAAAGCGGAAUAUCCGUGUCAACUCCAUCUGUCCAGGACUGAUUGAGACCGGCAUGACGGACUUCACUUUCGAGUUGGCCAGGCGACGUGGCACGGCUGCGAAGAUCGGUCAGCUAAAUCCUCUUGGACGGUACGGAAUUGCAGAAGAGGUUGCUCAAGCUACCCUCUUCCUGGCUUCAGAUGAAUCGAGCUAUGUGAAUGCACAGAAUAUAGCGGUCGAUGGGGGCCUGUCUGGUUCGAUCCCAGUGGUGCCAGGCAAGUUCCACUGAAGCAGGUUUAUAUGAUCAUAGUAGUGGUACUUUUAGUCGUAGGAUUAUCCUAUUAGCACGACAAAUGACAUAUGUCACGAUGUAAAUAUGAUGUCUAGC